CAGGUGAGUGAAUUUAAAUGUUUCCUUUGCAAGAUGAGAUCACUUUCUAUGCAUUACAGGAGCAGUCAAGCAAACAGCAAUGAACGCCGGAUAAUAUAUGUCUGUUCUGUUAGGAAGGACCGAAAUAUGGCUUCAUGGUAGAUGAUGUUUGGAUGGUCUUUCGGGAGGUCUCUGGGUCAGUUCAAUCAAUCAGACACACCUUUCCUUCUGCACUUUGUUUUGGGAAGACGCCGUCACCUUUACAGGGAGAUUUGAAAAAAAAAAGAAAGUAGGAUUUUUCUUUGCGAACAUACGCCAUGUGAAGCUGUACAGACAGAGUCUGAAAGUUGAUCUGCCGUGUUUUGUCAGGAAUUUCAAGUCAAUUCAGUGCUCAGUAAUGAGCGACAGGCUUUGCCCGUAGAGAAAGCAGACCAUACAAAGAGUUGGAGAGUUAACCACAAGUGUCUCAUCCAUUGCAGUUUGCAUGUUCCUUGGGCUUUGUCUUCAGAGGGAUGGAGAAGCAAGCCAGGGAAAGAAGCCAAAGUGAGUGACCUGGAGCAACGAAAGAGAACUUGGCAUCCUUAUUUUUUUCAACCAAAGGCGGAUUGAAGAUUAUUAAUAAAGGAGUUUUUUUUUUUUGUUUAACUAUUAUGAGUUCAUGUUUGGAAUUUUGACAAAGCCAGAAGUUUUCUUCUGAAACAAAAGAGCCGUCUACAUUUGUCUUCCAAGACCAUCAGCAGAAGGAGUUGAGAGAUCGGUGACGUUCCUUUUGUUUGCGUUUUGUGUUCAUUGGCAUGCGUUUUGACAUCUGAAGUCAUUCCUUAAAAUUCAGAGGCUUGACAGGUCCUUGUCUUGUUUAAGACGUCCUUGGAUUAGUUCGAACUAGAGUCAAAAGCCUGCCAGCCACGAUCCAGUGGAGGUCUAGGAUAUCAUUGCGCUUGGCUUGGUCCGGUAGACUGGAUACAAUGCGGGUCUUCAGUUUUAUCCUGGUUGGCAUGUUUGGAGUUCUGAGGGGAUGUCAGAUGCCACAUGAUUGGAGGCCACAAACCGAAGCAUGCAGAGCAGAGCUGGUGGAAACGGUGGUGUUUGCCAAGGUGCUGGCUCUUCAUAAGGAUAGCUACAGCGUCUACAAUUACCUGCCUUGGCAGUACAACUCUGACCUGUUUUACUCUGCUGAGAUCGAGCUGUUGUGUGAUCAGGGCUGGGGAAGUAUGCUGGAGGUGCCGGCAGGGUCCCUCCUUAAUGUCACAGGACUGGGAUAUUUCAACUGUCACUCAUAUACUGUAAUGGAGAACAACUCCUACUACUUCUUUCUAAGGAUGGAUGAAAAUUACAAUCUCCUUCCUCACGGAGUCAACUUUCAAGACCCCAUUUUCCCCAACACAUCGGAAAACAGUCGCAUCUUCUCCAGUAUGUUUCAGUUCUCCAACUGUGUGGCCGGGACGGAUCCUCAGGUCUUCUCUCCAGACUGGGAAGCUCAAGAGGACAGUAGGUUGAUGUGUGAUUCGGUUCAAAGGGCUUUGUUGGAAGAAGAGGAACGUUCAAAGACCUUAUCCCAGAAAGUCCGUUUCCUAGAGAAAGCCAAUGCCCACCUACGAGAGAAAGUAAAGAACCUAAAGAGAGCUCUACGUCAGGCCACUGUGGACAGUAAAAAAGAGGUCCUCUCUAAACACCUCAUGGACAAAGAGAAAGCCGUCAGUGAAGAGGAACCAAAACCUGACAGCCACAAGAAGGUUAUAGCUAAGUCAACCAAGAAAACAACAGGCAACAAGUUGGAUUAGUCUAGACCAUGUAAAAUCUUCUGGAGCAAUAACGCACUAAAUGGUACCAGAUAUUGAGGGCUAAAUGAACUGAAAUGUAAAAGAAAACCUUCAUAAUUCUGGAACUGCAAGGCCAUUAUAUAGACAGUUAUCAUCAGUAUUAAUAUAUGUUACAUUCUCUUUCUGAAAUAGAAAACGACCCCAAUAAUUAUAUUCCGUUCUUCAUCUUCCUACAUUAUCUUUUUCCAUAUUUUAUUUUCAGUAUUUUCAUCCAAGAAAAAGUUUAUCAGUUGCCCUGUAACACCAAAGACUUGGCUUUCAAUGGCUCAAAAUUAAAUCAACUACUAAACAUAAAUUGCAAGUUAACCCAUGUUGUUAAUAAAUGUGUAAAGGUUCAAGAAACGUAUUGAAACUAAAUACAGUAUCUAUUAAAAUGUGGCGUUGAAGUGGUGAACGAAAACUUUUUUUGCAACUUUUUGCCAGAUUUUUUUUUCUGGUGUGUGGGAGGAAACGGUAGUAAAAUAUAGCGCAUGCCCACCUUAAAUAUGGCUACCAAAAUAUCCUACAAUCAUGGUUAUUGGUUGGCUAUGGUAAUGACAUUCUGAGCUUGCUUACCAAAAAAAACAUUGGUCAUGCUACGUUCUUCCAAAGUAUGGGAGGAAUGAGAAGAAAGAAAAGCAAAAAUCAAGUUUUGCCAGGAUGCCAAGCAACUGGCAGCCACUAGAUUCAGGUGAAGCACCCAGGGAAUGACAUAGGAAAAAAAAUUGCAGAUGAUCGUCUGUCCAGUUAGCUCAUAGUGAAUUUUAAAGAGAAACAGCCAGU